AUGAGCUUUGCUCUAGGUCCGGCGACGGCGCGGAAGGUGCUGGUCUCUCCGCGGCUGCCACCAUUGGUGUACGAAGGCAUCGACCGUUCCUUAGCUGGAAAGCGACUGCCGGCAGCCUGGUUCGCUGACCCUCCCGGCCCAAAGUUGCUGGGACUCGAAAGGUCAGAAAGCAUCCAGGAGCCUUCGGCAGACGAGGCCUACAGAGAAGAGGAAGAGGAGCCAAGCGCCUCCCAGGCAGAGCAGACUCAGAAAGCUAAAGUUUCGGUGGACGCGGUCCCUGACGAGAAGCGGGAGGAGGCUUUCGAUCCUCCUUUGCGGGCCAAAGGCUUGUACCACUUCCCGGACUUCCGGACCGAAUGGCGAGCAUGUGAAGUACUUGCUUACAAUCCUACGGAAGAACAGUUUUUGAUACAAUGGCUGGCAACUGGCCGGCAGAAGAGGAUCACCAGUUUGCAGCUGCGUUUCGACUCUGAGACAGAGGCGGAUGCGUUGCGGCGUCAAACGGAUGCCGAGUUGCGGCGAGACACGGUGGAGGCGAUGCUGUUGGAAGAGAUCGUCAUCGAAGAGCUCAGCCGAUGGCAGCUGGGCAGCGAGGCCUCGGCGGUGAAUGGAGGCAGCGGUGCUUCGGUGAAGCGCCCGGGGCCCAGAACGAUCGUGACGAGAUCCUUUUUCGAACGGCCUCGUGUUGACAGGUUUUUGGUGACAGAAAUCGGGAUGGUGGGACAUGGUGGGACAAUGGGACGCUUUGGAACGUGUUGA